AUGAUUACAGAGCUUGGAAGAUCAAUAACAAACACUCUAUCUAACCUCCUGAACUCGCCCACUACAGAUCAGGACAUUGAGACGGCGAUAAAGGAGAUAUGCAACUCGCUGAUUCUUUCGAACGUGAAUCCAAAGUAUGUGGGUGAUCUAAGAAACUCGCUAAGGGCGAAGCUGGAUCCAAAAGAGAUGCCGCCUGGAUUCAACAAGGCAAGGAUGGUCCAGAAUGCCGUGUACGAGAAGUUGGUUGAUCUUUUGGAUCCAAAGGCCGAGAGCUACAAGGUCGAGAAGGGAAAGGCAAAUGUUGUUGUCUUUGUAGGUCUUCAGGGGUCUGGGAAGACAACCAGCAUAUGCAAGUACGCCAACUUCUACAAGAAGAAGGGAUAUAAGGUUGGGAUAGUAUGUGCAGACACGUUCAGGGCUGGUGCAUUUGACCAGGUCAGGCAGAAUGCGCUGAAGAUCAAGGUUCCAUUCUUUGGAAGCUCUGAGGCAGAUCCCGUGAAGGUUGCAGGGGCUGGGGUGGAGAGAUUCAGAAAGGAGAAGUUUGAGCUCAUUCUUGUUGAUACGAGUGGCAGGCAUACACAGGAGAGCGAGCUGUUUACGGAGAUGAAGGACAUUGUCCGGGAGAUACGUCCAAACAGCAUUGUGUUUGUAAUGGAUGCCGGGAUAGGGCAGUCUGCAGAGGACCAGGCUGUUGGAUUCAAGAAUGCCGUGGAUGUCGGGUCUAUAAUACUUACGAAAAUUGACGGGACGAAUAAGGCAGGAGGUGCAUUAAGCUCUGUGGCAGCAACGAAGUGCCCCAUUGAGUUCGUCGGGACUGGAGAGGGCAUGGAGGAUCUUGAGGUGUUUGAUGCAAGAAGAUUUGUGUCGCGUAUGCUUGGGAUGGGAGAUGUCGAGGGAUUAAUGGAAAAGGUUGGAAGCCUUGGAAUUGAUGAGAAGGAGGUUGUGAAGAAGCUGAGGCAAGGGAAGUUCACCCUUGGAGACUUCUAUGACCAAUUCCAGAAGAUCCUGAGUCUUGGGCCUAUUUCUAAGCUACUUGAGAUGAUGCCGGGGUUUUCUGGCCUUUCUCUUCCCGACGAGGAGUCCUUUAAGAAGCUCAUAUAUGUAUUCGAUUCUAUGAGCCGUGGAGAGUUAGACUCCACUGGGCAGAUAUUCGAAAGAGAACCGAGCAGGGUGAUGAGAGUAGCUAGGGGAAGCGGGACAUCCGUCCAGGGUGUGGUUGAGAUUCUUACGCAGUUCAAGAAGGCCCAUGCAGUGAUGCAGAAGAUCAGCUCCAUCCCUGGAAUUGAGAGUAUGAUGGGAAACCCCAAGUCCAUGAGCCUAUCUCAAAAGGCAAAGCUGAAAGAGCAGGCAAGAAAUAUCCUACCAAAGGACCUUCUUGAUCGCAUGGGUUCGAUGUUCUGA